AAAUUAUAUUUAUCCAAAUCACAAAUAUAGGUCUUUCUCUGUAGUUCCAUGGUCAAGAGUGAUGGAAUCGAAACCAUCCGCGCAUCCAUCUCUUCUCCGCCGGUUGAUCAACCUCGACGCCGCCGUCUCCCUCCACCUCUACACCUUCUUCCACCCCAUCCUCCCUUUCUCUCUCCUCAAGUCCCUCGAACUCUCGGGCGAUGGCCGUCUCUUCUUCCCCAUCACCCUCUCCAUUCUCCUCUUCAACACAACCCCCACCUCCGCCACCAUCCUCCUACUAAACCUCCUAAUCGGUUUAAUUUUGGAUCUCCUCCUAAUCGGGCUAACCAAGCACCUCAUCCAGCGCCCCCGACCCGUCUACAACAAGAAUAUGUUCCUCUCCUUCGCUGUUGACCAUUGGUCUUUCCCCAGCGGCCACUCAUCUAGGGUUUCAUUCAUUGCCACAUUCUGCUCUUUCUAUUCUCGCCAAAUUGCGGAUUUUUGGCUUGUGAAGCUUCCUAAUUUCGAUGCUCAUAGUUGGAUUGUGGAAUAUUUCGCUUUAAUUGUGUGGCUAUGGGCCGGGAUCACGUCGGUUUCUAGGGUGCUUCUUGGGCGCCAUUUCGUGCUCGAUGUUGUUGCCGGGGUUUUGUUGGGUAUUUUUGAAGGGUUUCUGGUGUUUCGAGUUUUUAACGUCGAGAAUUUCAGCUUCUGGUUGAAAUGACAUUUACUGAAAUGUGAGUUUUCCAUACCAGUGAAGAAUUUGAGUGUGGAAGUAAUUGAUCAUGAUGUGAUGAUUGAAGAUGCAUAUUUUUGGUUUCUUCGGGAAAAGUCAGAACUUUCUCUUGGAAGCACUGUAACUGUUUGCACUAUAUAUGAUGUUGCUAAUUGAUUUUUGAAUUUUUUGAUAGAUAAUUUAAUUUGCUAUUGCUUAUAAUGUAUUGCCAUUUGGACUUGCUUUUUUUAUGAGCCUGAUUAGUUACAGAUUUAUAGAUUCUACAUUUGACAUAUAAUGUUUCAUAGGAUGUGUAUGUAGUUAAGCUGCAAGGUAGAAUAGUUUAGUUUUGUAAAUUCUCUUUCAUUAUUCUCCUACUACACUAACUAAAAUGUAGCUAUCUCCUAAUUGUUUGAAAAUUAUGCUUUUAUUGCAGCAUAUACACCUUAGUUAUAGAAGCUUGCAAGGACUCAACAAGUUCUAUCAUGCAUAUAGUUCGCACCGACUCUCGUUUUUUAGAUUCUACUACAUUAUUAUCUCCAAAACAGAGCCUGCACAGUUCUUUGUCUCUUCCUUCUAUACAUUUAUCAGCAGACUGCUAUGGAUACCCAUACGUUAAAAGUUUCAUAUAAUGAUAAUCUAUCUCCUUCAAUAAAAUCCGCUAAAUAGAUAGGUUUUACAAGAUCCAUUUAUUGGUUCCUUUCUCUUUGUUCAUGAGCGGCUGCAGUUCUCAUGAACAAAAAUUCACUAGAAGCGGCUAAAAUUGUUAAUAAGUUUUGAACUAAUGCUUUAGUCUUCAUAAAAGUAUAACCCUAAGGGUGAAUGAGGUCAAGAAUGUGCUACAGUUUGUGCCAUAGUGGUAUCAGAAAUGACACAUGUGGAACCAGAGUUAUACAUCACUUCUAGUUUUAAGAUUUGGAAGCCUAGUGUGUAAAAUUAGAGGAUUGUUGGCUCUAAAUCCCUGAGGUUAUGUCUGUACUCUAUAUGUUGAUUUUUGCCUUGAACAGGGGGUUAAAAUAAUAUCGAUGAAUCGAAUUAUUGUUGUAGAACAAUCCCAACCUGAUUACUUCUUCAUUAUCAUCUAGUGAUGUAAUUCCUUUUCCUCUUCUUCUCUUACUCGUUCAGAUGAGUGAUAACCUAUAUAACACCGAUACGCCACCCUGUUGCCGUAUCACGUAUCGGAUACGUAUCCGAUACCGAUACGCAACGGAUACACCGUCGAUACGUAUCCUGGGCGUAUCCGCGAGCUGGGCCGUAUUGGGCCGGGAAACCUCAGAUUCGAUACGUAUCCUUCGGCGUAUCCGCGAGCUGGGCCGUAUUGGGCCUUCAUCCUCCUCUAUCUGCAAAGAUCUGAGGUUCUCCUCUUCGAAAUCAACGUCCAUCUCUGUCGAAGAACUUCGCAACUUUCAAUUUACGAACUUCAAUCCGAUUUGGGAACAAAAUUGACAGUUAAUCGGAUAUGAAGAAGAAGAAGAAGAAGAAAGGGGAGGCGCCACUAUUGCCUCAACUAGGGAUUGAAGAAAAUUGGAAAUGGGAGAAUGAAUUGGGCAAGAAGUAGUCACGAUGGAAAAGGAGUAUAUUUGGGGCUCAUUUUUUGGGCCAAUUUAUUACUCCAUUAACUUUGUCUAAUUUUGUAACUAUAAAUAAAUAUUUUGAUCAAUAUUAUUGGUAAUAUGGAUAAGUAUAACCAAAAAAUCGAUGUGGUGUAAUCGACCAUAAAAGAAAUUGACUUUAGCUUUUAAUAUUUUGUAAUUUUAUUAUUUUUAUUUGUAUAAUAACAUUAGAAUAUCUAUUUUGUAA